CUUUAAUUUAUUUCCACAAACAUAAAUUCCAAUUUUCAUCAUACAAACGUUUAUUCUUAUUUUUUAUACAAUAUGAGACGCUGAUGAGAGAGAGAGAGGAGAAAGUGAGUCACAAGAACUACGACAUAAAACCGAACCCAAUUCAAUUCUCCUUUAUUCAGACCAAACACACAGAGAGAGACAACAUUAAUGGGAGAUGUACGGAGGAUCGUGGUGGUUGUAGAAGAUAAAGAAGCGGCGAGGACGGCGUUGCAAUGGGCACUUCAUAACCUCCUCCGCCAAGGUGACACCAUUGUCCUCCUCCACGUAAUCUCUCCUCCGCCGCGCAAGAAGAAAUCGGCGGCGGCGCGUCUCCUCCGCCGCCACGGAUACCAUCUCGCUCUUUCUUUCCGUGAAAUAUGUGACGCUUUCUUCAACACGAAUACGGAGAUAAUAGUGAGAGAAGGAGACGAAGAUGGAAGAACGAUCGCUGAAGUAGUGAAAGAGAUUGGUGCUUCAACGCUUCUCGUGGGUCUCCAUCAGAAUAGCUUUCUUUACAGAUGGGCUCUGAGUGGGAUUGAUGUAACUAGAAACUUCGGCUGCAAAGUGGUGGCUAUAAAGCAGCCUUUGACGGAAGAGUCGCCGCCGGGAAAACCGAAGGGACGCAAGACGUCACAUACGUCAGAUAGUUUAACUAACUUUGACUUUUCCCAAAUCGAAAUUUCUGGAUUACAGGUGCCUGAGACUCCGAUACCUAAAGUGCCGUACAGGUUAUGUCCGAGUCCUCGUGCGAUACUAUGGAGAACAAGACCACGGAGAUCUAAAGCUCGAUACGGUGUAGUUUCAUAGUCUAUGAUUUUUAUUCCAAACAAUAGGAAAGAAACAAAACUCUACCAUCAAUUUUUGUGUCAAAGAAACAAACAAAAAUCUAGUCUUAAGAAAAAAAUCAUUGAAGUUUUUGUGCAGAC